UUCUCCUCUGUUCUUCCUCACACUGAAGCUUCUUCUUCUUCUUCAACAACUUCUUCUUCUUCUUCUUGUUGAAGAUGGAAAGAGAGACGGGGGAGAGAUCGGCGGACGGAAAGGAGGAGGAAGAGGUGGACUUGAGUGGCAUGUCCUUGGAUUCCCUUCCCAAUCCUUCUUCCUUUAAUCUCGGCCUCAUCACUAAGCUCGACCUCUCAAACAACAACCUCGAGAUCAUACCGGAGUCGGUGACGGCGAGGCUGCUGAACUUGGUGGUGCUCGAUGUGCACUCAAAUCAGCUGAGGACGCUGCCUAAUUCCGUAGGCUGCCUCUCGAAGCUCAAGGCCCUCAACGCCUCCGGCAACCUCCUUGAGUCCCUCCCUAAAACCAUCGAAGACUGCCGGGCACUGGAAGAGCUGGCGGCCAACUUCAACAAGUUGACGGCGCUGCCGGAGACGAUGGGGUUCGAGCUACACCACCUUCAGAAGCUCGCCGUGAAUUCCAACAAGCUCGCUUUCCUCCCUUCCUCCACCUCCCACAUGACCUCCCUCCGCGUCCUCGACGCACGCCUCAACUGCCUCCGCUGCCUCCCUGACGGCCUCGAGAACCUCCUCCGCCUCGAGGUCCUCUCCGUUGCCCACAACUUCCACCACCUCACCGCCCUCCCAGACUCCCUCGGCUUCCUCCGCUCCCUCCGCGAUCUCGACGUCAGCUACAACGCUCUCACGCACCUCCCCGCCUCCCUCUCCUGCCUCACCGACCUCCGCUCCCUGCACGCCGAGGGAAACCCCCUCGUCGCCCCGCCGCCGAGCGUCCUCGACCAGGGCAUCGACGCAGUUCGGGACUACCUCGCCGCCAAGAUGCUCUCCGCCGAAGACGAGGAGAUGAAGAAGAAGAAAAAGAAGCAACAGACGACGUCGCCGGCGUGGAUGAAGAAGCUGGUGAAGUGGGGCACGUUCCCAUCGGCCCGACACGUGGACGUCGGCGACGGGAUGGACAUGGCGGAGUACCGAUCGAUCGACGGGAUAAGAGACGCGUCGCCGAGCUACGUCGGAAUCUUCUCCCCCCGCCGUCUCUUCUCCCCGCGCAGGGCGACAACGCCACGGAACUAGAGUCGUUAUGUUCCGUUACCACUUUCCAUUUUAGUUAUACAGAAGAUGACGUCAACGACGACUGAUGAGCCAGAUGGGGGCCACCGGGACCCGCACCAUUGACCCAGCUCGAGUCUGCGACAUGACAACCAUCGCUACCGCAGCCGCCACCGGCCACCGAGUGCCUACUCGUCCACGACGACCGAUGGUGGAAGGA